UCACCAGCAGCCAGGCUGUCGGUUGGCUCUCCGGCUGCACGUGGCUGAGAGGCAGUGAAUCAAAGCUGAUCCAUAGCUGAUGAAACUUUGAAUCAACGUAUGUUCUUCCACUGGAUUAAUUUUCUGAGCUGCGAUGUUUGUGAAACUAUUUCCUGUCAACAGCUCGGUUUUCAAAAGUCUGAAAACUUUGCACAGCCGCUCUGCACGAGGGUUUAGCUGCGGAGCUGCUUCCUUCGCCCCGGAGAGUUUAAAAGGUCGCAGUUGUCUCACACUGAGAGAUUUCAGCUCAGAUGAGAUCAAGAGGCUGUUGUGGGUGUCAGGAGAUUUGAAACACAGGAUCAAACAUGAGAAACAGUAUCUUCCUCUUCUGCAAGGAAAGUCCAUUGCCAUGAUAUUUGAGAAGAGGAGCACCAGAACAAGAAUGUCCACAGAAACAGGUUUUGCUCUGCUGGGUGGACACCCCUGUUUCCUCACCUCUCAGGACAUCCACCUGGGAGUGAAUGAGAGCUGUGCAGACACAGCCAGGGUUCUCUCAGGAUUCUGUGACAUUGUCUUGGCCCGAGUGUACAGUCACUCCAUGUUAGAGGAGCUGGUUAAGAAUGGCUCCAUCCCCAUCAUCAACGGUCUGUCCGACCUCUACCACCCAAUCCAAAUCCUGGCCGACUUCCUCACUUUACAGGAGCAUUAUGGGUCGCUCAGUGGAUUAACGGUGAGCUGGAUUGGAGACGGCAACAAUGUCCUCCACUCCUUCAUGAUGACUGCAGCCAAACUGGGCGUUCAUCUCAAGAUUGCUACACCAAAGGGGUAUGAGCCAGAGAGGAGCGUUAUUCAAGAGGCACAGAGACUCUGCAAAGAGCACGGGACGCAGCUUGUUUUGACCUCUGACCCGAUGGAGGCCGCACACGGCAGCAAUGUUUUGGUGACUGACACCUGGGUCAGCAUGGGACAGGAGGAGGAGAAAAAAAAGAGGCUCAGAGACUUUGAAGGUUACCAGAUUACAAUGAAGACAGGAAGUGUGGCCAAACCAGACUGGACCUUCCUUCACUGUCUCCCCCGUAAACUGGAGGAGGUGGAUGACGAGGUUUUCUACUCCUCCCGCUCCCUUGUCUUCCCUGAGGCAGAGAACAGGAAGUGGACAAUCAUGGGUCUGAUGGUUUCUCUUCUGACUGACUACACUCCACAGAUCCCCAUGCUGAAGUUCUAACCUCAGGUCCUAAAGUGGUGUUACAGUCACACUGCAGGUGACUCUGCUGGAUGACCCAUCUUAACACGAGAUGGAUUUUUGAUUUAGAGCACAGAUGGCAUGGUUUGCCUGGUCUUGCUCUUCAAUAGUAGACUGUUUCUGUGCAAGGUUUUCUGUUUACAUUCUAAAUUUACUGUGACUGAGAGCAAUGUUUGUGGCAAACUUUAAGUUUCCAGUGGAAAUGUAUCUUUACGAUGUGUGUUACUGAAAGAGAAAAGAUUAGCAACUUGUACAGUUGGCGAGCAUGAUCACACAAACACCGCUGUUUUUACACAUCUCAGCCAGUUUAUGACAAUUAUAAACUUUAUGUAACUGCAGACUCGUUUCCAGGAUUAGAUCCAGUAUAAAAGUAUUGUUUAUUACAGUAAGAAAAUCAGUGUAUGGAUUGGAUUUUGAGUUAAUUUUAUUAUUGUGUCCCAGCACAAAUGGGUUUACAACCAUUAAGAAAACAAAAGAACAGAAUUACAACAUAGUGAAGAUAAUCAAAAAGAAAGAGCAAAAUCCUGAAUGGCGACAUAAAUAACAGAUAAUACUAAACAAAUAAUCCCUUUUUUCUUGCACUUUAGAAACAAAAUGAAUUGAGAUUGGAAUUGAUAUUAGCUUGUGAAAGAUGAUCCGCAGCAGCAGCAGCAUGGACCACAUGUGAUGACCCUAUUGUUGUUGAUUGCUAUAAUGUGAAAUGUUUACAUGUCUUAGCAAAUGGUCUUAAAAUUAAAACAAACCAUGGUAUUGUAGAAAUAUUGAAGUAAAUAAAUAUUUAGUUUUAAGUUAAA